CCCAUUCUAAUUGCUUAGAGUUCCCUUCUGCUUUCAAUUCAUCUUCCUAAAAUUUCUAUGGCUAGCUGCUUCUGUCUGACCACCAAAGCCUUUCCUCCUCUACCAACCUUCUGAAGCAAUGGCUGUCUCUGCCAUUGGGUUUGAGGGAUAUGAGAAGCGCCUAGAGAUCACUUUCUCUGAAGCGUCAGUCUUCACUGACCCCAAUGGCAGGGGAUUGCGUGCUCUCUCGCGCCCCCAGAUUGACUCGGUUCUUGAUCUUGCCAAGUGCACCAUUGUAUCCGAGCUCUCCAAUGAGAAGUUUGACUCGUAUGUCCUUUCUGAAUCAAGCCUCUUCGUGUACCCGUACAAGGUUGUCAUCAAGACCUGCGGUACCACCAAGCUCCUGCUGGCCAUCCCAAGGAUUCUUGAGCUUGCCGAGGAGUUGGCCCUGCCACUUGCUGCUGUGAAGUACUCCCGUGGGGCAUUCAUAUUCCCUGAAGCACAGCCUUCUCCACACAAGAACUUCUCUGACGAGGUUGCCUUCCUGAAUGGCUACUUCGGUGGGCUCAAGUCUGGCGGCAAUGCCUAUGUUAUCGGCGAUCCUGCAAAGCCAGGCCAGAAGUGGCAUGUCUACUACGCCACCCAGCAGCCUGAGCAGCCUGUGGUCAAUCUUGAGAUGUGCAUGACUGGUCUGGACAAGAAGAAAGCUUCCGUUUUCUUCAAGACCUCUGCUGAUGGCCACACAUCUUGUGCCAAGGAGAUGACCAAGCUCUCUGGCAUCUCUGACAUAAUCCCGGAGAUGGAGAUCUGUGACUUUGAUUUCGAGCCGUGUGGCUACUCCAUGAACGCCAUCCAUGGCUCUGCUUUCUCCACCAUUCAUGUCACCCCCGAGGACGGCUUCAGCUAUGGUAGCUAUGAGGUCAUGGGGUUAGACCCUGCCUCCAUGGCCUAUGGUGACCUGGUCAAGAGGGUGCUGCGAUCCUUUGGCCCGUCUGAAUUCUCUGUUGCUGUGACCAUCUUCGGCUGCCCUAGCCUUGCUGGGACCUGGGGCGAGAGGCUGAAUGUUGGGGUCUAUGAUAGCACCAACAUGGUCGUCCAGGAGCUGCCUGGCGGGGGCUCUCUCAUCUACCAGAGCUUCACUGCUGCCGGUGAAGACUCCAGUGGGUCGCCAAGAUCUGUUCUGAAUUGCUACGUUGAUGGCAAUUUACAGAGUGCAUCCAAGGUGGAUGCUUUCCUUUGCUGGGAAGACGAUGCUGCGCAGGAGAAGGAUGAGAGGAGGGGGGAUGGUAAGAAGAUGAGGAGCUUCUGAUGGCGAUGCUAGCUGCCUAGCCGGUCUGAACGAGCUUGUGUUACGUCGGUUUGUUCUUAUUAGAGAUUUCCUGUUCCUGCUCUAGUGCUUUGUUAUGGACAAGUACCGGGAAAAUGGUGAGCGUUUUCUGCCAGUGUGAGCAGAUGUAUGGAAAUACCUGUAUUAUCAGAAACGCUGCAUGGUUUAUGAGUUUAUAAGAAUAAGCCUUGUAUUUAAUCAAA